AUCCAGAGAAGCACAUGGCAUCUAUUCUCUAGACAGCGUAGUCCUCAAGAUUGUCAUGUUAUCUAUCCAGCUAAUCUGGCAGGAUUCCCUAGGAGCGGCGACGCGAUAGUCGUCAUAGCUACCUAUCAGUCACGCUGAUUAAGGCGUGCGGUGUCGAAGUGACGCUCUCUGGCGAACAGCCGUCCAAUCAAAGUCAAGAAGGUUAUUAUUGUGUUCCCGAUUGAGCCUACGGACCGAGCCCCUCGAAUCCGAUAGAGGCUCAUGGUUCGGCUGGUUGCGCGCUUUGCGGUCGUCGCGCACUAGCGGAUUUCGCAAGCAGAUAGCCGUUGCCUCCAUGGCUAGUGCGAGGGCACCAAAUGGCUCUAAGGCCAAUGGUUUCAAGGCGAAUGGCAUUUCUAGGAUACGGAGUAGUGGUGGGUUACUAUGCAGUGGUAGUGCCUGCAGUGUAAUCCUCGUUCGGAGAUUCCAGUGUCUCGUUAUUAUCACGCUGGCUGGCACCGCAUUUCCUGUCAGUAACGGUAGCAGCAGCAGCAGCGACAACGAGCAUCGCAUUGUGGGUGGUGAUGCGACAGGCGGCGUGGAACGAACGAUGGCACUGUAUCGAGCAUGGCAGCGCGCAUACGGUCUUGACUCCGACUCCCCCCUCCCCCCAGCUAACGUCUCCCUUCCGCGCAACGUUCCCCCCGCGCCUCACCUGGAGGACUGCGCCGAGCGGACAGCUGGCAGGCUGCGAUUGGAGGAGAGGGGCGCGCAGGGGGAGGCACCAGCGUGGGCGCGGCCGGGGGAGAAGUGCAACUGUGCGCCACACCCGCCUUGGGUGCGGGGCACGGACAGUGAGAACCUGGCAGCGACCAGGGAGGCCCAGAGGGACAUGUGGGAGCACCAGUUUCCGCCGGGUGCCUGCAGCGGCCAGAAGUUGCUGGUGGUGCCGUGGGCGUUUCCCCUCAAGCACGGGGUUGGCUCCCAGAUCCACAUCAUGAGUGCUUUCCUCAGCAUAGCCAUGGCGCACAAGCGAGUGCUUGUGCCAGAUCCAGGCAACUACUCUCGAGCUGACUCCGAGGCCUGCAAAGCGCAAGGCCAGGAGGGCAGCUGGGCGUGCUACUUCCUCCCCAUUGUCUCACUGGCGUGUGAGCAACGCGUUCAGGCUGCCAAGGAGGCAGGAGGGAUGGCAUGCGCGAGGGACCGAGUCAAGGAGAGGGCAGCUUCUAACGAGGAUAUUGUGUGUGUUGGGGACGUGCCUUAUAACGAGUUGGACCAUGAAGCCAGCAUUGUCAGCAAGUGGGGCACUCCGCACUUGCAGAGGCCAGACACAGUGUGGCAUGUGGUAUCGCCCAGAUCCGUUGACCCCCGCAACGCCCCCGUGCACUGGUGGCGCGCCCAGUCAGCGCGCUUCAUGCUGCGCGAGCCCUCGCUCCACCUCUGCCACGUCAGCAACCAGCAGCGCCAUGUGGCUUUUGGCAUGCGCGCCGCAUCGCGCCUCGCCAACUUCCUGGAAACUUCCGACAAGACGCUGAGAGUGGUGGCAGCAGCAACUGCAGGGGAUGCGGCUUAUCAUAAGAUCACCCUAUCCCCCAUGGCCCGGGCUCUUUCUCUCAGCACUUUCACUCCAGCUGAUAUCGAUGCUCAUGUGAACGUGCCAUGGGCGUAUGACUCUUGCAACGCUAGCUGCUUGGGUGCUGCUGCUGCUACCGCCGCCACCGCCGCCGUCGCCACUGCUGCUGCUUCUGCUACUGCUGCUGCUGCUGAUGCAGCAUUGGGGGGGUAUGCGCUCUGGUUGAGGGGCAUGUAUGCGCAGGUGGGGGGGGAGCCAUAUGUGGUGCGGCCGCUGCUGGGCAUGCAUGUGCGGCACAGCGAGAUGCAUGUGGGGGAGGAGAUGGAGGUGCUGCCCCUGGGCGUGCACAUGUACUUUGCACAGCAGCUGCGACUGGUGCAGGUGGAUCUGAGGCACGUGUGGCUCAACACAGAGGCACAGUCAGUGAUUGAUGAGACGAACAACUACAAGGAGUGGACCUUCUUUUACGGCUCAAACCAACGGCAGUCAGAAGCGUCCAUGGAGAAGCAUGAUUAUGAGAAGUCCCAAUCAGUGGCAUCGAGUUUGGCGAGCUUGCUUAUCGCAGCUCAGAGUGAUUACUUCAUCGGGGUUCUUGGCUCCAAUUGGAGUCGGUUGAUGAAUGAGCUGCGGUGCACUAAUGGAAGGCUGUUUUCCAGUUUCAUAGCACUAAAUGAUGACAAUCUAUGACCGACAUCAUGCGGGCAUGUCCUCGCCCUUUUGUCAAUAUCCAGUUUUACUUGCACCAUAUGUGAUUGUUAGUAGCCUUAGCAACGUACGGGUUUAACCUUCAUGGAUGGGUGUACUCAUGACUCUGCUUGACCGAGAACGUUAUCCCCGAUACGAUACGAACAGCUCGUUCAGGCGCUGUCAGGGGAAGGUCUUUG